UGAGGAAACCGCGGCGGCUUCCGGCCCGUGAGAAAGGGAAGCCCGGCUCGUGGGCUGCUCUGACACUCCCUGGGUUUGCUCGCGUGAACAGAGGACCCUCAGCUGCCGAUGGACACCCUGCCUCACCGCCUGCUCCUCCUGACCCUUGUGUCUGCCUGUGCAGGGCAAGAAGACCCGUUGGGCACAGAACUCGCCGUUACGCCUGAGAUUAACUUUCUGCCGUCGGAUAAAAUUGUGGAGGGGGACAGCCUGGAGGUCCGCUGCAGGGUCCGCCAGCCCCAACCACCUCGCCUCAAAGUCUUCGUGAUGAAGGGUUCCACUGUCCUGAAAAGCAGAUCAAAAAAAGCUUUCUGGAACACAAGCCUGGCACAAGCAGCAGAUGGCGGAAAUUAUACGUGCAAAGCAGAGGCUAAUGGCAGACAGAAGAGCGUCAAACGAGCCGUGCAUGUGGCAGAGUUGUUCUCGACGCCAGUGUUGACCGUGCAACCGAUAGAUGUCUUUGAAGGAGAGAUGCUGACAUUUUCCUGCAAGUCUGCCCACAUGGACUCACAAAGAAUCAAUGCCACUGAUGUGAAAUAUCACCUCUAUAAGGAAAACAUCAAAGUGGUAGAUCUUCCAUCUGGAGAGUACAGAAUGACUGCAGACGUGCAACACGAUGGGAAUUACUCCUGUCAGGCCGAGGCCAAAUCCAUCCAAAAACAGAGCUUAGUGAUUGUCCUGAAAACAAAAGAGUUGUUCUCGACGCCAGUGUUGACCGUGCAACCAAAAGAUGUCUUUGAAGAAGAGUUGCUGACAUUUUCCUGCAAAUCUGCCCACAUGGAUUCACAAAGAAUCAAUGCCACUGAUGUGAAAUAUCACCUCUACAAGGAUAACGUCAAAGUUGUACAUCUUCCAUCUGGAGAGUACAGAAUGUAUGCAGACUUGCGUUUCAAUGGGAAUUACUCCUGCCAGGCCAAGGCUAAAUCCAUCCAAAAACGGAGCUUAGUGUUUGUCCUGAAAAUUAAAGUCUUCACCAUAAACAAAGUGACGUUGAUGAUUUUACCAGCCACUGAGGUACAGAGAGACACUGACGUCGAGCUCAAAUGCGACUGCGAUGCCAACGCAUCAGAGACGGCCACCCUAACCUACCAGUAUAGCUUCUAUAAAUACCAGCAGCUGAUACACACAGAAAACCACAGCUUCAGCCACCUGAGCCACCACCUGCACGCGGUCAGGGUCCCCACCUCUGGAUUGUACUCCUGUGAGGUCAAAAUCCUGAACGCAACCGUGAGGAGCGAGGCAGAGUUUCUCAGAGUCACAGGUGUGGAGACUCCCUCUCUGAAAGUGUCCAGGGGUGAAAUCUCUGAGGGGGAGGAACUAAGCGUCGAGUGCACGGCCCCCAAGGAGGAGGGUCCCUUCACCUUCAAUUUGUACCACAACUCGACCCUCUUCAACACGAACUCCAGCAAGGAAAACUCGCUGUCGACCAAGCUGAAGUUUGAGCAGUCGGGAGUGUAUGAAGUGCACUGUAGCUACGAACUACUGCUAUUCCAGGCAACAUCGGAGAAGAGCAACAGGGAGGUGGUGGCUGUGCGAGAGUUGUUCUCGAAGCCAGUGUUGACCGUGCAACCAAGAAAUGUCUUUGAAGGAGAGAUGCUGACAUUUUCCUGCAAGUCUGCCCACAUUGACUACCAAAGAAUCAAUGCCACUGAUGUGAAAUAUCACCUGUAUAAGGAAAACAUCAAAGUGGUAGAUCUUCCGUCUGGAGAGUACAGAAUGACUGCAGACGUGCAACACGAUGGGAAUUACUCCUGUCAGGUUGAGGCUAAAUCCAUCCAGAAACGGAGUUUAGCAUUUGCUCUGAAAACAAAAGUCCUGGUGUCCAAGCCGCUGAUCGAGGCCUGGGGGAAUGUGGUCCUAGGGAGGCCCUUUUCUAUUGUAUGUCGGAGUGUCAGAGGCAGCCUGCCCAUCACCUACACUUUGCUGUUUAAGGGGGAAACGGUCAGUAGCUUCAUUGUGCACUCGCCUCAGGACCGAGCCGUCUUCAACGUUACCAGCAUUACCGUCAAUUCAAGAGAAGAGAUCCGCGAUUUCAAAUGCCUCGCCCAGAACCUCGGGGACAAGUCAAAGAGGCCCAGCCUUGCACUCAACACCACAGUCAUAGAGCCAGUGUCGGAUCCACAGCUUACGGCCUUACCCAGCACCGGAAACGUGGUUGAAGGAAAAGAGCUAAUCCUCUUCUGCCCUGUCAAAGACGGCUCCCCUCCCAUCACCUUUAAAUGGUACCAUAACGGGAAGAUCAUCAAUAGCAGCACCACGGAAGAGAGGAAGCACAGCUACACUUUGAGCAAAAUAGAGCACAAGCAGGGGGGGAGGUAUUACUGCCAGGUUCAGAAUACUGACAUGGAGAGCCGGCGGAGCGGGGAAAUCACAGUAACAGUGAAAGAUGCCCCGUGGAAGAUUGCCAUGAUUGCCUUCAUCAUAGUUCUACUGCUCAGCAUCGUCACGGUUUCCUUGAUCCACUACAUACAUAAAAAAGGCAAGAGAAAGGAGAAAGAAACCGAGCUCUAUCUCAAGGCAACAAAGUUCAAAUCAGACGCCUCUGUAGCUGUAACUCCUGCCUGCACAGGAUAUAUCAAAGCGUCCCAUACAGUCCUGAGUGACCAUGUGGAACCACCCGCCUGCCAGUCGUCCAGCUCCACUGUCUUUUACGCUCCUCGGGGAACAGAGAGCUCAGACGACGUCUUGCUUAAGGACCAGAAAUCACCACGAGAAGGUGCUGUUGACACUGGCUCUGUUCUGUAUGCCCAGCUAAACCAUGACAGAGGGAACCCAAAGCAGAUACCUUCUCCACCAUAAGAGUCAGGAAGCUGUUUGCUAUCUGCUCAUCUGUGAUGUCUUGGCACGUGUGAGAAAUGUGUCAGUAUCUCUCCAGACAACUUCUGUUUAUUUCUGCAAUAGGCUGGAACCUCAGCUCUUCUCAGAUGCUUUGGCGCAUCCUCAACAUUCACAAAGCAGUAUCUGCAUUUCUUCAAGUACUGCAUACAAACAUCACCACACAAUGGAUGAAAAGCCAUGCAAAAACCAGGGACCGGUUGCGCAAAACACCUCGACUUAAGAUUUCCCUUAAAGUCCAAAAUAAUAUUUUGCACAGAACACCCUUAAGUCUUUAUGGUUUCCUUAAAAUGUUCACUUACAUAUUUAAGCUUUUGUCCAUUUCUUGGUCUUAUACUUCCCUUAACGUUGCACAAAAGACCUUAACAACUAAAGUAAGGAAAAUAACUUUAGGUACCCCUGACUGUGUCUUAACCUCAACAUGGCUGAGUUUAUGGCGAUAAAUGAAGAAAAUGAAGACAUCCAGAGAAGAGUGUCCCGUGACUGGAAGUGUCCCAUGAAUACGAUUAAUGGUGAUCAAUUGAUUUUACCUGACCGACAGUCAGUUUAUGAUUUUCAUGAAUAUUUUAUUUACAUGUUUAAAAGUCAUUUUUAAAUCUGGCUAGCACAUCGAUCUUUCGAUUGCACAGAAUAAAUAACAAUGUAACAUUAUCUCACUGAUAAGUUCUGUCAAGUUUCACCCUGGGCACCGGCAAUAUUAGACAGAAGUACAUUGGUUAUGCAACAAGUUUUCUGAUUCAGAAACAUGCAAAAAUGCAUUUUAUGUAACAGAGAUACAACAAUAAUUCUAUCUGCUCCACUACUUCCCUUUUCCCAAUACCUCCACGGAUCUCCCAAGUUAGCGUUGGUGUUUGUCGUUAGCCAUUCAGCAAAGUUUACCGCUAUAUGCUCCCCUGAGCGAAAAAGUACCUACUGUACUCACAGUGAACACAAUACAGUAAGGAGCACAGUGGAUGUGGAAACGCCAGUAACUGUUAGUUCCGCUUUGCGCUUUACGCUUUGCAUUAGAUCAUCAAAUAGAGCCGAUUGUCUAUAGAUGAUUACGUCACAUGAAUGUAGAGUGCUGACUUUUCAUUGGUUUGUAAAAGGCAAAUAAACAUAAUUUAUGCAUUUCA